AUGGCUGAUCCUGAUCUUGAUAUAUAUAUUGAUUGGGUACAACAGAAUGGUGGCACUUUUGAUAAAUUGAAGUUUGUGAAAGAUCAAGAUGGUAACGGACGAAGUGUUUUUGCUUCUAAAACAAUCAAUGUGGAGGACAAAUUUGCAACAGUUCCUUUCAAAUUGGCGAUCACAGAACCACUGGCACGAAAAGCAUUUCCCAAUCUUGGUGACUUCUCUUGUCGUGUUGUACUGACAUUGUUUGUGGCACAUCAAAAGGCAUUAGGCUCUUCAUUCUAUGCACCUUAUCUCAACAUUUUACCGAAGAUCAUCAAGACAGCUUUGACCUUUGACGAUAAUGAUAUGAAAUAUUUGCGAAAUACCAAUCUAGCAGUAGCAGCAUGUGAAAGACUGGCCUUGUUACGCUCUGAUUAUGAACGACUCAUGUCUGAUUUUGUUGACGAUACUGUUAAAAACUUGGUUACUUGUGCUAUUACAUCCCGAUCAUUUCCUUACAAGUUAAUUGAUCCAACUCAUUCCGGAACUUCUGAAGUUCUUUUUCCUCUGGUUGACUCUUUGAAUCAUAAACCGAACACAAAAAUCACUUGGUCUCGUGAUGGCGAUACAGAAACUGGUUCUCUUUCAUUUGUGGCUGGACAAUCAUUUACUUUGGGUGAACAAGUAUUCAAUAAUUAUGGUCCAAAGUCAAAUGAAGAAUGUAAGUCUUGA